AUUUUAGUCUGUGCCGAAAAUUCUCGUUCUCGAAAUCGAAGUGUCAGUGUCGAGUGUCGAUUCAUCCGCAAUUUAUUCAGUGAUUUUCUAGAUUUCUUGAAACGAUUUGAACAAAGCAAGAGGCACAUUCUAUCAUUGUGAACUCCUAGUGUAAAGUGAUAACCAUUGAAGUGCAAUUUAGUUACAAUUUACUAUCAAUACAUUAUCCGUCAUGGAACAGGUUAAUCAGUUAAAAGAGCAAGGUAACGCAGCCCUAUCUUCAGGGAACUAUGGGGAAGCGAUCAAAAGUUAUUCAAUGGCGAUAGUAUUGGAUCCAAAAAACCACGUUUUGUAUAGCAACCGAUCGGCCGCUCAUGCUAAGGCUGGGAACUACCAUGCCGCGCUGGAAGACGCUGAUAAAACCGUACUACUGAACCCUACAUGGAGCAAAGGUUAUUCUAGAAAAGGCAGUGCUCUGGCUUACUUAGGUAGGCACGAGGAGGCCAUCGCGGCCUACGAGAAGGGCCUAGAACUGGAGCCUGGUAACACACAACUGGCGUCAGGCCUGGCAGAAGUGAAAAAACAAGCUGAAGAAGCCAAGCUAAGAACGGAGGCAUUAUUUGAGAAGUUGCGAGCUAACCCACAGACUAGAGAGUGGUUGAAGGACCCUGAGUAUGUUGAAGCGGUGAAGAAUCUCAACCCGUACGACAUUCAGAUGUUAGAUUCCAAUCGAACAUUGGAAGACAAGCGCAUGCUCACUACACUAAGUGUAAUGCUUGGAUUAGAUUUAGGAUCCCCCAUGGAUGUAGACCCACCCUCCCCUGAACCAAAACCUGCUCCAAAACCUAAAGCCGAAGAACCCCAAAAACCACAAUAUGAAGAUUUACCUGAGAACCGUAGAUUAGCAUUAAAAGAAAAGGAUCUAGGCAAUGAUUGUUAUAAGAAGAAAGACUUUGAUAAUGCUCUUAAACAUUAUACUAAGGCAAUAGAACACGACCCUACGGAUAUCACAUUUUAUACAAAUAUGGCCGCCGUGUACUUUGAACAGAAAGAAUAUGAGAAAUGUAUAAAAGAGUGUGAGAAGGCGAUUGAGAUUGGCAGAGAAAAUAGGGCUGAUUUCAAAUUAAUCGCAAAGGCUUUCACAAGAAUUGGUAAUGCAUAUAAAAAGAUGGAGCAGUGGAAGCUCGCCAGGACAUACUACGAAAAGUCAAUGUCUGAGCACCGCACACCUGAAAUCAAGACACUGCUCAGCGAGGUGGAGAAGCGCAUUGCGGUAGAGGAACGCAAGGCCUAUAUUGACCCUGUUAAGGCAGAGCAGGAGAAAGAGUUGGGCAACGAGUACUUUAAGAAGGGUGACUACAGCACAGCAGUGAAGCAUUACACAGAGGCCAUCAAACGGAACCCCGAUGACCCCAAGCUGUACUCCAACCGAGCGGCGUGCUACACCAAACUAGCUGCCUUUGACCUGGGCCUGCGAGACUGCGACCAGUGCUGCAAACUUGACCCCAAGUUCAUCAAAGGCUGGAUCCGGAAGGGCAAGAUUCUGCAGGGCAUGCAACAGCCAGGCAAAGCCCUGAACGCAUUCCAGAAGGCGCUAGAACUAGACCCCAGCAAUGCUGAAGCCCUGGAAGGCUACCGUGCAUGCUCCACACAACUCAACUCCAAUCCCGAGGAGGUCCGCAAGCGAGCAAUGUCGGACCCGGAAGUGCAGGCCAUCCUGCGUGAUCCUGCUAUGCGUUGCAUCUUGGAACAGAUGCAGCAGGACCCUCAAGCUUUACAGGACCAUCUCAAGAACCCCGAAAUUGCUGCUAAGAUACAGAAGCUGUUGGAGUCCGGCCUCAUCGCCAUCCAUUAACCUUAUCAGAACUCUGGGCCCAGCAAUGGCACAUGUCUAGGGUUAGCUCACAUAAAACAAGUAAAAAUAUAUAAAAUGCUCGAAACGGCUAAAGCCCCAACCCGAAUAGCUAGUUAUUAAACAAGAAUGUGUUGUCAGAUUCAUAUUACAAUUAUUCAAGGAACCGAAAGCUUAAUUUUAGUUUUUCCUUGUAUAUCAUGGACUUCUGCAAAGCUACACCUGCUUUUAUACAAUAUGGACUUAUUUUGAAUUUCUCGAAACGCACCUGAUACACAUUUUGAUCCCAGUAAAAAAUGUAUUAGAUUAUAUUAUUUAAUUAAGAAUCAAACUUCAGUGUGGCGCGCGCAAGGGAUACCUACUACUUUAACCAGAUGUCAGAUACUAUAUAAGUUUAACCCUGGAUAUAUUAUGUGACUCUAAGAUAUAGUGAUUUGGGAUUGAAUUUGGAAGCUUUGUAAAGUUGCCAGUAAUUUUCAAAAAUUUAUUUUUUUCUAGUACAUAUUUGUUUUUUUUUUUUGUGUGAAGUCAUGUUUUUUUGAAUUAAGGAUCGGUUUUCAAUUUCCAAAUAAUCUCAAUGGAUUUUAUCUAACAUUGCGAUGUAAGCAAAGUCUGUACACAAACAUAUAAGUCUGUGAAAUUAAUUUCUAAAUAAGAUUAUUUAAAAAUUGAUAAGUUAGUCCAGAAUGUCUUUAUAAUAUAUCAAAAUACCUAAUUAAUUUCACUAAAUAUUAAUUACAUCAUUCAAUGUUAUUAUUAAGUCAUAAAUAUUAUGGUAUCAAACUAAAAAAAACCAAGAAAAUAAAAACUACCAAUUUAGUAGAAUUUUAUGGUAACUUUUAAAGUGUUAAUUCAAUCUCAGUUAGAUGCAGUUUUCUUAGUUUAAUGCACCUGCUGAGUAGUUAUCUAUUUGAGUUGUAAUAAGCCAUACAUGAAAGGAGUUAGCUGUUGUCUACAGAUUUUGCUAUUCACAAGUAAACCGCGAACUUUAUACAACAAUAUUUUUAAGCCUUUUAUGUACUAUAAUUUUCAAGGAAUACUCAAAGGUCUACUAUACUCUACUAUACUAUUACAAUAGUAUGUAGAGUAAAGCUGUCUGUAGCGCAUCUGAAAAUGCUUUGUCUGAUUAGCUUCAUCAAACAGUUCCUUGUAUUACAAUUUCUAGGAGCCGCGUUGGACAUAUUUGUGGGCAGACCUUAAAACCUAUAUCAAAGAUACCAUUGUACUAUGUUUGAAGUGUUACUAUAGUUAAAGGAGUUUGGUAGGACUAUACUUAAUAAUUGGUAUAUUUACAAUAAUUUUAUUAUACUUAACACAUAAUAAAAAAGUCCCUUUCAGGGAUGAUUUAUGCUAGACCCUGCCACGUUCGAAUACCAAUAAUACCAAUUUUAAAGAAGCAACGUAACAUGGACGAGGCUCGAAAGACUCAGACAUGGCACAGAUUAUGCCCGGCACGGUCUAGCAUAAAUCAUCCUUAAGUGCUCCUGAUCACGAGAAAGGCUUUUCCUGCGCUAGUUUCUUGUAAACCAUUCCAAAGUAUGUUUCGAUAUUUAGAAAAAAAACUAAUAAUAAUUUUAGUAAAAUACUUAAUCGAACUUAUUUUAUACGUUUGUUUUAGGAUUUAUUCAAUGUUUUAUUUGAAAUGAUAGAUGACUAUGUGAGUAUGUAUUAUACUGCCUGCAUGUGCGAUUUUGUAAUUUAUUCAAUAAACGAAUAUUGUAGGCACCAA